AAUACUAAACAGGUGGUCACAAAACGCGCGUCCUAAAACAUCCACCAUGGAGAAGAGGUGAAGGAUUCCACGGUCGUUUACAUUUCGGGAUACAAGCUUUACAUUGCCAAAGAAAAUUAAUGACAAGGGAGGCUGUGCAAAGUAGCAAUACACCUAGAGCUUUCUUCUGGAUCUGGGGAACACGUCGGGAACUAAAAUAUGAAAGUGACAGUGUGUUUUGGACGGACAAGGGUGGUGGUUCCGUGUGGAAAUGGAAAUAUUAAAGUCCACAGCCUUAUUCAGCAAGCGGUUAUGAGAUACAAAAAAGCGAUCGCUAAGGACCAGGGCUACUGGGUACACGUCCACCGCUUGGAGCAUGGCGACGGCGGCAUCCUGGACCUUGACGACGUACUGUGCGAUGUGGCGGACGACAAAGACCGGCUGGUGGCCGUGUAUGACGAGCAGGACCCACACCACGGGGGCGAUGGCACCAGCGCCAGCUCCACGGGCACCCAGAGCCCGGAGAUCUUCGGCAGCGAGCUCAACUCCAGCAAUGUGUCCGCCUUCCAGCCCUACCAGGCGGCCAGCGAGAUCGAGGUCACCCCGUCCGCCCUCAGAACCAACAUGCCCCUGCACGUUCGCCGCAGCAGCGACCCGGCUCUUGCGGGCCUGCCGCUCCCCUUCAGCGAGGCCCACGCUCCCCCGGAGGAGCCGUCCCGAAAGAACCCCACCCGCUGGUCCACCACCGCCGGCUUCCUCAAACCCAGCCCCGGCGGCAACGCCACCAACAGCCUGGAGAGAAAGGGGAAAGGUAUGGAUGCCUACCGCAGCCUCCCGCGGGACACGGGAAACUGGGGCGGGCAGUUUCAGAGGGAGAACGCCCGCUCCUCGCUGAGUGCCAAUCACCCCAUGGUGGACAGGUGGCUGGAGAGACAGGAGCAGGAGGAAGAUGGGAGAGAGGAGGAGAAUGGCAGGAUCGAGCCGGUGGGCCGGGCCGACUCCUGCAUCGAGCACUCCCCAGUCUUAUCCCUGGAUGACAUUGUAAAGCUGGUAGAAGUCUCCAAUGACGGCGGCCCGCUGGGGAUCCACGUAGUGCCUUUCAGUGCGCGAGACAGAAGGACCCUGGGCUUGUUAGUAAAGCGUCUGGAGAGAGGCGGCAAGGCCGAGCAGGAGAGUCUGUUCGGCGAGAACGACUGUAUCGUCCGGAUUAAUAACGGGGAUCUGCGCAACAUCCGAUUCGAACAGGCGCAGAACAUGUUCCGGCAGGCCAUGCGCUCGCCCGUCAUCCUGUUCCACGUGGUCCCGGCGGUGAAGAAGGCCGAGUACGAGCAGUUCUCUCACAACGAGUUGAACCCCGUCUACGGCCCGGGCCGGUUCAGCCCAGACCCCCAGGCCUGCGACAGAGGGGGCGGGGCAGGGGGGCUGGACCACACCCCUCAGAGGAUGUCCCGCUCCGGGCCGCACCCUCAUGGUCAGCCACCCCCGCUCCCGCGCCCGAACCCGCCGCCGCAUGCAGAGAUGGGUGCCUUCUACUCCCCGCCUCCCCCGGGCGGCGGCUCCGCGGGCGAGCUGCCCUCUGGCCACACCCCCUCUCCCCAGAGGAGCCUUAGCUCCACCCCCUCGUCGGGGUAUACCAAAAAGGUCGGCAGGAGGUUCAACAUCCAGCUAAAGAAAGGCCCGGAAGGCCUGGGGUUCAGCAUCACGUCGCGGGACGUCCCCAUCGGCGGCUCGGCGCCCAUCUACGUGAAGAAUAUCCUCCCCCGCGGGGCGGCCAUCCAAGAUGGCCGGCUGAAGGCGGGCGACCGGCUGCUGGAGGUCAACGGGGUGGACCUGAAUGGAAGGACGCAGGAGGAAGUGGUGGCCCUGCUCCGGGGAACUCAGAUGGGCGGCUCGGUCGGCCUUGUGGUCCUUCGGCAAGAGGACGCCUUCCUGCCCCGGGAAGUGAACGCAGAGGCCAUACAGAGGCAGAGUCUCCGAGAUUUGAAAACAGAGGAGGACGACCUGGUGCUGACGCCGGACGGGACCCGGGAGUUUUUAACCCUCGAGAUCCCGCUGAACGACUCCGGCUCGGCGGGCCUGGGGGUCAGUGUCAAGGGCAACAGGUCAAAGGAGAGCCAUGCAGACCUGGGCAUCUUCGUCAAGUCCAUCAUCAACGGGGGAGCCGCGUGCAAGGACGGGAGGCUGAGGGUCAACGACCAGCUGAUAGCGGUGAACGGCGAGUCGCUGCUGGGGAAGACGAACCAGGACGCCAUGGAAACGCUGCGCAAGUCCAUGUCCGUGGAGGGAAACAGGCGAGGAAUGAUCCAGCUGAUAGUUGCCAGGAGAGUCGCGAAGAGAAAUGAGCAGGAGACCCCCAUGCCCUCCCCGGGCCCGGAGGCGCCCUUCAACACCUCUCUGGACGACCAUGAGCGGCGGAUCUCCCAGUCCCUGUACGGGGGCGUGGAGGGUCUGGACGACAGCCUGGCACCGCGGGCCGCUGUCAUGGCCAGGAUGAUGGGUAACUACCAGCUGUCCCCAACUGUGAACAUGCCCCAGGAUGACACCGUCAUCAUUGAAGAUGAUAGGCCACCUGUUCUUCCUGCGCAUCUGUCUGACCAAUCAUCCUCCAGCUCUCACGAUGACAUGGGUUUCACAACAGAAGCUCCUCCUACCUGGGCCAAAGACAUACCGACACAGAACGAGUGCUCCCUCAGCCCCGACGUGGACCCUGACAGUGCCUUCCAGAGGGAGGGCUUCGGCAGGCAGAGCAUGUCGGAGAAGCGGACCAAGCAGUACGGCGACGCCUCCCAGCUGGAGUUCAUCAAGACGCGCAAGUCCAAGAGCAUGGACCUAGUAGCAGACGAGGUUAACCUCACCCCAAGGUCAGAGAGGACGACAGGUUCCCCAACAAGAGAUGUAGGACCCUCUCUAGGCCUCAAAAAGUCCAGCUCCCUGGAAAGCCUGCAGACCGCCGUCGCCGAGGUGACCCUGAACGGAGACAUCCCAUUCCACCGGCCGCGGCCGCGGAUAAUCAGAGGGAGGGGCUGCAAUGAGAGCUUCAGAGCCGCCAUCGACAAGUCCUACGACAGGCCGUCUCAGGAGGAGGACGACGAGGGCAUGGAGACCCUGGAAGAGGACACAGAAGAAAGCUCACGCUCGGGCCGGGAGUCCGAAUCUGCCGGCACCGACAUCGCCUCACUGUCGGGAGGGCCGGGAACCGCGGAGAGGCAGGUGAACGGCGGCCGAGCCAAAGAUGAGAAGAGGAAGGACAAGGGAGGGAAGGACAAGAAGAAACAGGAGAGGGACAGAGACAAGGACAAGAACAAAUCCAAGAAAGGCAUGCUGAAAGGCCUGGGGGACAUGUUCAGGUUUGGCAAGCACCGCAAGGACGAGAGGCCCGGGGACAAGAUGGAGCGCAAGGGGUCGAGCAAGUCGAAGGCGGAGGAGACGCAGGCGUCCGAGGAGGAGAUGCUGCGAAUGAGGCUGGAGCAGGAGAGGAUUCAGGCGAAAACCCGAGAGAUCCGGGAGAGGCAAGCGCGUGAGAGGGACUACGCCGAGAUCCAGGACAUCAACAGGAUGCUGGGGUCGGACGAGGAGCACCCGUACGCUGGCAUUGGCUCCCUGGACUCCUCGAUCGACAGCGGGCCCAAUCAGCCACCGAGCCCCAGGGACGGCAGCCAAUCCCCAGAGGCGGUGUACGCACAGGUCAACAAGCCCCGCAACGGCCGGCCUCCCUCCGCCGACAGCAACCGAGUGGCUCCUAGCAACCACGACCGGAUACAGAGGCUGCGGCACGAGUUCCAGCAGGCCAGGCAGGACGACGACCCGGACGACCGCCGUCGCACCUACAGCUUUGAGCAGCCGUGGCCCGGCGCCGGGGCGUACGGCACGCAGACGGGCCGCCACUCGGUGUCCGUGGAGGUGCAGGUGCAGAGGCAGAGGCAGGACGAGAGGGACUCCUUCCAGCAGGCCCAGAGGCAGUACAGCUCCCUCCCGCGGCAACCACGGAAAAACCCCAGUACCGUGUCCCAGGACUCGUGGGACAGGGUCUACCCCCCGGGGGAGGGCUUCCAGACGGCCAAGGAGAACCCCCGCUACUCCAGCUACCAGGGGUCCCGGAACGGCUACCUGGGGGCCAGCGGGUUCAAUGCCCGGGUGCUGCUGGAGACCCAGGAGCUUCUGCGGCAGGAGCAGAGGCGCAAGGAGCAGGAGGCCAAAAUGAAGCUGCCGCCCCCCCAGGAGGCCCCCGGGGGCUACGACUCCUACAGCCCCGCCCCCACCCCCGUCCCUGCCCCUGCCUCCUCCCCCGCCCCACCCAAAGGGCCCUAUAGGCAGGACGUGCCGCCCUCCCCAUCUCAGCUGGCCCGGCUGAACAGACUGCACACCCCAGAGAAAGGACGCCCUUUUUACUCUUGAAGGCCUGGGGAGGGGCGGGGCGAGUGGGCGGAAGAGCGUCUGUAUCACAGCAAUAACAAAGGAAGAGAACUUCUGGGAGCUGGUUCACUUUGAACUUCUUCAGCACGAAAGAUUGAAUCCUUAUGUUUUUUUUUUUUUUUAAUGAGAAUCCUCCUUCCUAUCCCCCUUCCCUACAAAAAGGCCGGCUCUGAUGGAGAAUGUCUCCCAUGCUGGUCCUGCUACUCUCAGUGCCUUUCUGCGUUCAUCUUUUGAGUCCGCGACCAGCGGCCAGGUUGCGGGGCCGUAUUAGGACUCUCACUGUGACAGUCACGCAGGGCAGAGCAGGGCGGCCCUGGGGGACCAGGCGCCUGGGGCUCCACCCACACUGUUGCAGCCUGUACAGCGUGCAGCUUCACUGUGAUGUCACAAAGAGCGUGACAGAGGCUGAUUGGACAGGUCUCCCCCUGCCCGACAGCACAGCUGGCAAUGUGUGUGUGUAUGUGUAUUCCUGCACAUGUAUUCCUCUGCCUGUGUGUGUAUCUGGAAGGAUGGGCGUGUUAGUUUCGGGUGUGCAUUAUGUGUGCGCACAUGUAUGUGGAAGUGUGUGUGUAGUUGUUCACACGCACGAGUCGUGUGUCUGAGUGGAUGGAUCAGAAUGUGUCUGUGUGUAUGUGUGUGCAUGCUUGUGUAUGUAUGACCAGCUGUGUGUGUGUGUGAGAGUGUGUGUGUCUCAGUGUGUGCUGGUACGUAGGGCAAGGGUAAAAACGUCACUGACACUCACAGCCACGGUACCCUGUUAGCCUCAGUAAUGGUACUCACAAUAACCUCAGUGCUCCUCUCUGACCUUGGUUUUUUUUUUUUUUUUAAGCCUUUUGCCUUCUUUUGUUUUUGUAGAUUUUUUUCUCAUCCCCACAUAAAUGUAACCCUUUAGAUCUCCUUACAGACAGACCCCCUG